AUGUAUCUGGAUGAAGUUAAAUCAAUGGCGGAUCAAAAUGGAUGUAUAAUUGGUAUAACGACCUUUUGGUCCGCAACUCCUAACCAAAAUCUAGCUACCUGGAUGGCUAAAGUUGCACUUCGCGAAGCAGUGUCGAUGGAACGGGUUUUGUUUCAUAUAAAUAUACCAAAUCAUCUGCGUCAGUCCGCUUGCGUGGAUGUUUCUUGUAUUAGUGGUUUUUAUCGUGUACAACAAAUGAUAUUUCCGUUGGAAUCUUUAUUUCGUAUUGAGUCCGUCAGCAAGCAAAACUACUUCUGGCAUAUUGAACUAACAUUGGUGGAUGAAAGUGAUAAUCAAUUCAUUCAAACUGUGAACUCUUACAAGGUGCCGUUUGGUCUACGCAGUUUUUUUACCGCUGCUGGCAGUGGCAAACAAUUUUUUCAUGAUCUUACACACGAAGACGCUGCUUUUAUUCAAUUUCAAUUGCUCAUCGAUAUGAUACUUCGACUUGAGCACAAUCAUAUUGCAAAGAGUGAAUUGUUAGAAGUUUGUAGAGCAAAUCUUAGUUCCAAUCCAUCUGAAUUAGAGAAAAUUAACGCUUUCGAACAAACUUAUCAGAGCAAAGAUGCCGCAAAAUGGUAUACAAAAGACUGCUUUCUAUAUCGUUUAUUAAACAAAUCAUUACGUAAUGGCAAUAUAGAUCAAAUCGUGAAACUUCGCUACUUUAUUCACGAUUUGCAUAAUCAAUUAGCCGAAUUGCAAUUCAACUUCUUGCGCUCGCGAAGCCAAAAUCAAUCCAUAUUGACACUUUAUCGUGGUUUAAGGAUGACCAUGUCUGAAGUGAAUGAGUUUCGACAUCAUGAAGGGCAUUUCUUGUCAACCAAUUCGUUUUUAUCUACAACACAAGAUUAUGAAGCUGCCUUAUUUUUUUCUGGAGAGGGACGAGUGAGUGACCCUGAAGUAUCUGUUGUCUUUGAUAUAUCUGUGGAUACUAGUAUCGGUCAUUCUGUUCCUUUUGCCUCCAUCGAAUAUCAAAGUAUGUUUCAAGACGAAGACGAAAUUUUAUUUUCCAUUGGAGCUGUGUUUCAUAUUGGAGAAACGAAAGAGAUUGGUGAACGUUUGUGGACGGUCAAAUUAAUACUCACACCACAACAAGAAGGACUAUGGACCAAUUUGACGAAGCAUUUGAAAAAAAUAGUUAAUCAAAAAGCGCCUAUUUAUACAGUAGAGAGGCGAAGUUCAUUACCUUCCCCUACACCGCCUGUUCAACCUGAUGACGCACGCAAAGCUCUAGACGAUUUAUUUGCGCACUGUUGUAUCGAUGAAUGA